CUUUAGCCUGUCACAUCAUGUCACAUAUUUGAGUUAAUUUUUUUGAAAAGAAUCUGAUUAUAAGUAUUUUAUCAUCAAUAUAUAUACAAAUAAUAAAAACAUCAGUCCACGGAAAAUGUAUCGAUAAAAUAGGUUCUAAAAACCAUACAUGGUCUGUUUUGAAAACCAUCUGUGAUUCUAGUGGUGUUAUCAAUUUUGUUUGUUGUUGCAUUAUUCCAAAUCAAGUUUUCUUACUAUGACGGAGACAAAACCAUUAGCCAUGGCGACUACCAAUGGUCUCAUGGAUAAGUCAAAGGAACUUCAAAAGGAAAUCCUCAUGGAAAAAUUGAGGUCCAAAACAUCACAAUAUAAAAAUUUAAAUGAAACAUCAAAAGCCGUGCGUAUGGCAUUGCUGGACAAACGAUGGGCGGUAGACAGUGCAGACAGACAGAUUCUACAGAAGUGCUUAGACAGCUUACAACAUUGUAUAAAAGUCGGCUCUCUGCAAAGUUUAAUAGAAAGACUUGAAUGUCUAUCCAGACAGCUUGGGUUAAAAUUUGUGGUGGGCACAUCAGGAGUGAAUCUCUUCAUAUCAUCAGAUAUGUUUUAUCUAGAAAUACUCGUUGAAUCAUUGGGUUCUGUGAAAGAUGUAAAAAUUCAUCAUGAAGGAAAGAUUGAACAGCAGAGUUGUGAAGAAAUGGUGGCAAGUAUAACUCGUGGAGAUUUUGCUGACUUCACCGCUCAGCUAGAAGGUCUAAUAGCGGUAUAUCAAUUAAAUGCAGAAAAAAAGGUAAAGUGCAAAGCCUUCAGUGCUCUGCAGAGUUUGGAGGAAGACUUAUGUACCCUGCGGCAAGUGCAGAGUUUCAUCAAGGAUCCUUGGGCCCAGGUUCACAAGAGCCCUAUUGGUUUUCUACAGAAACGCAGAGGAGGACAUGCGAUGCGUCUGACAUACUUUGUAUCACCAUACGAAUUACUGGACAAAGAGAAAGGUUUGCAACCAUUGACAACUGAGCUGCUAACAUUAGGCAAGCCGGCAGCCUCCAGCGGUCUUGCUUCAUUAGUCGCGCCCUCACAUACGCCUGUGGGCUAUUCCGCGACUAUUCUUCUAGAAGGUUCCACAGCCAAUAAACUGCAGCUCUGUCCGAUUAUUUCAAGUGGACAGAGAUCAGGAAAAGGUAAUGGGCCAGUGUACGCGCCACUGGUGCCGCAGAACAGCGCGAUGCUGCCAGCAUGUUUCACACUGCGUCUCUCACAGCCCAUGCCGCUCUGCACUGGACUUGCCAAGCUCAUACAUGCCACCACUGAGGUGGAGGUGUCCGGGGAUUGGGGAAAUGCCAAACCUAUGCUGGGCCUUGUAGCGCAGCAGGCCUACAACAAGCUAGCGCCCGGCAAGAUCGUCGAGUUGAAUCUCAGCAAAGGACUAUUUGUGCACUUGCCGGAGCAAACGCAGUGCUACUUCAUAUGCGAGUCGCGAGGACUGGAGGGUUGCGUGGUACGCAGCGUACCCUUCACGCAUCCUUCGCACGUGCCGCCCCUGCUCGCCUGUCUCAGGCAGCAGGCGCUGUUCAACACUCUAAUUGCCUCCUGUGUCCGCCUGCAGAAUAAACAAGUGGUGGAGAUGGAGGGCGUGGUGAUCCUGGAGGUGAGCGCGGUGUCGUGGCAGCACAUCUCGGUGUCGCUGGAGCACCCGGCGGACGAGAGCGUGGCGACGCUGGAGCUGUCGCUGUCGGAGCCCGCCGCGCCGCGCGCCGCCGUCUGCACGCUGCACGCCCCGCCCAGCGAACACGUCGACGAAUACGUCACGCGCGUACUACAAAAGAGCCACUCUAUACCUGUCACUCUAAGGUCGUUGGUGAAGAUCUGGAAGAUGGAAGCGAAGCAGAUGAACGGCAACUACUCUGCGCUGGAUUCGAAUUUUAGCUGCGACCUGGGCGGGCUGGACCCCGGGGGUGAGCUUCGCCACGAGCCCGCCGGCCUGCACGGCCGCGCCCUCUACCCCAACAACCUCAACACGCACCAAGGAGGUGCAUAUCUAUCGGAGCAACAGCACCAUCUCUCGAUGAUAUGCCAAGAUCCAAACUCCAGCGAAUCAAAACCGCAAACCGACGAGCGUAAGUCAAAAAAGAGGAAGUCCGACAACGACUUGUGGUCCUCUAGCCAGAAGAAGGGGAAGCAGGGCAUCACGGAAGCCGCAGACUCCGAAAGCGACAGUGACAACUCGUAUGUAAACGAGGACGAUAACACGAUGAAUAGUAACUCGACCAAUGAGGAAGGGCCCGAGUCCUCGGUGUCGCAGAACGAGUUCGCGUCAGACCUGGAGCUGUCCGGCAUGGACCCGGCCGACGCGCUCACCGUGCACGAUAACAGGUCUUCCGACAUGGACAACUCCAAUGAUGGUGAACCCGAAGAAAUGAUUCGGAAUUCUUUUCACAAGUCUGAGCACAAAAGGCAAAAGUUAAAAAACAAGGAGUCCGAAUCGAGGAGCAGUAGAAGCUCGGCGUCUUUGCUGCUGGACCUGACCGACGGUAAAUCUUACAUGCCGUCCUCAGUCAGCAUCACGCCCAUAGGGUCCAGCUCCUCGAGCGCCGCGAACGCGGCCUCGGGGACAAAUUUGUCCUCGAUGUUAUGCCUCGACCGCCGCCCCGGCAUAGAAAUUAUUCCCAUAUCCUCCGCCACCCCCGCCACCUUGCCCAGUUCCAUUACCAUUACUCCCAUAACCUCCUCACAGCUUAAGUCACUCGACUCCAGGUCCGACAAGAAAUCGAGCAAGUCCAGCGAGGAGCGCAGCAAAGAGAAGAAGAAGAAAAGACGCAGGGACGACUCCAUGGGACCUCCCGAAAAAGUCCCACCGAAACAAGACCCGCUGACAAAACCCGUAUCGGUGAGUAUUAAACCUACCGACGGGUCCCCCAUGCGGCCCUCCUCCCCAAACUCUAUUCUGAGAAAAUUUAGCCCAAGCCCCACACACGGCAGGUCCGUGUCGAUCACAAAGUCCCCGAGCCCCAGCUCGGUGAAAAGCUUGGGCAAGCCAACCGGCACGUCCAGUCACCACAGCAGCCCGCGACACUCGCCAGUACAAAACAGCCCCAAGCACCUCACAGGAUACUCGAGUCCAAAAAACCACAGCAUCUCCUCCCCUAAACACAGUUCCUCAGGAUCGGGAAAGCCGAGCAUGUCCACGUUAAAGUCGGCAACUACUGGCUCUCCGUCGGGUAAAUCGGGAACCACGGGAUAUGACUUAUCAAAAAAGAUCUCAAAAGACAGCUACGGCUCCAGUUCGAUGACGUCCAGGGAUAAGGAAAAGAAACAUUCCGGAUUGUCUUUUUCUACUUCGGAUCGUAGUAGUCCCAAGUUAAAGAAUCAAAUAAAGCUUAAACAACUGGAAAUCACUCCGGUUUCUUGCGACAGUCCCGUCGCCGAGCCAUUGAUUUCUCCACCCAAUAUAGAAGUAAACAAGUCUAACACACCGUCAAGUCAGGCGCGCAAUAGAAAAGGCUCGCUCAGCGCGGUAAUCGACAAACUGAAAUCGGCUCACCACAGCGCCGACACCGACAUCGGUAGUGGAAAAUCUGGCUCCUCCAGCAGUGCAAACAAAUUCAGCGACCCAAAAACCAGCGCAGCCGGCAGUAGUAUGAAAAUAAGCGAAAGUAAAAACCAGGAGUAUAUGGUCAAGCCCAGCUCGGACGGAAUGAAGAUCACGAUUAACAAAACUAGAUCUAAAGAAUCUAGUAGUUCAAAACUUAACUAUAGUUCUAAUAAGCAAUCUUCGCCUCAAUUAACUCCACCGAGCCAAGGUUCGCCUAAAACCCACACCGGGCUUAAGCCGGGUGUUAUAAGUGGACCGGCAUCUAAAAAAACACAGGCGAUGCAAUCCUCUAAAUCUGGCCUGUCCACCAGCUCUACCCCGCCGAAAAACAAUACCAGCCCUUCCGAAUCAUCGAGUUCAAGUAGUGUCCCCAAAGUGCCUUACUCGAAGUCUUCAAGCGGCGGUAGUACCGGAAUCAAUCUGUCUAAGUCAGCGUCAAAAACCAGUUCGGGCUCGCCAAAAAAUAGCAAUUCUGAUUUGUCCAAAAUUAUAAGGGACAGAGAAAGGGAAAAAGUUAGAACCAAGUUAAUGAGCAAUUCGGAAAAAUCUAUAUUUUCCUCUAAAUCUGAACGUCAUUCCAGCCCUAGCAGUUCGAGGGAUGACGUGGACGGAGAGAGGUUUAAAGCAUCCAAGGAAGCUAAUUUUCUUGUCGAAGGGCUCAUAAAACCGUUGGAUACAAGCAAAUUUCAAAUACCCAAAUUGAAAAACCAAAACACUCCGGAUAAAAAUAGUCCCGUCUCGCAAUAUGAUAGUCGUUCUUUGGUGAAUGAUUUUGCGCGAACUUUGGAUCAAAACAAGUUUCCGUUUUCUCACUUUGACAAUUCUAACGCUAGAAAUCCCGAAAACCUACAGAAAUCUAGUUAUACUUUAAACGUACCAAAGCCUCUAUUAAACAUGGGUGCGAUGAGCCCUAAAACCGUUUCAUCGAGCAAACUGGAUCAAGCUGACAGAGCGGAUUUUUCAAAAAACUUAGAAGGUCUAGGGAAGGGGGAGAGUCCUCAAAGAAGUAAAGACGAUUCAAAGGAGGGUUUUCCUGGGGCUUUCCCGAUGAUGCCACUAGAUUUCAAGACUGAUAUGGCUAAGGGGUUUCCUGCACCGAAAGGUAGCUCCGAGGACAGGAAAGGUGCUGACUCUUGCAUGAAGCCGCCGGCAAGUGGAUCAGUUGCUAGGAGCGGAGCGACGACGCCUCAGGAAGCUGCAGAAAUGUUGCUAGACUUCUCAUCAUCGUCUGGGAGCAAAGUGUCCGGUAUGGUGGCGGUUCGGCCCGUUUACCCCGCAUCACCGGCGCUGGCGCUGCAGCUGGCCAAGAGCCCCGCUCCUUCGCCGCUGGUGGCGCCCUCGCCUCACUCAAACUCCCCCUGCAUCACGGACGACGAGCUCAUGGACGAGGCGCUAGUGGGCCCCGGAAAAUGAGAAAUUAUUGCCUAUUCUGUAUUUUAGGGUUGUACAAGAACAACAAAAGUCAUUGUUGUAGUAAGUCUUGUAUAAAAUUACGAAACCUUUAUAUUUUUCUGGUUA